GCGAUUUGGUUCAGUUGGCAAUAUGAAAUUGCACUGAGCUAAAAUCAGAAUUUCUUUCGUUUUCGAUUUUCUUGCUGCGGCAAAAGAGAAAGCUAAUAUGACUGCCGUGCGUGGUGAAUGCGCGUGGCGGUACAGCAUAGUUUUGGUGUUUCUGCUGGUGCGGCAUGUACUCUGCAACGCUUUGAAUGUCAGCGCUGUUGAACCAUAUACACCGGCCAAAAGUAGUGAUGACAAAUAUGAUUUUGUUGAUGUGGCACAACAGCAGGGGGAAACCAGCAAGAGUGAGACGGGACAGACAUCACGCUUCUUUACUUCCGGCGAUGUGGAUGAAACAUUUUGGCUGGAACAUUUAGGUGAAGAUUUCAAGAAUGCCAUACACUUACAGGUGGGCGGUGAGGAGCGUUGCAAUGGCGUAUUUAAUAUGAGCGAAAAUGGUUCCGCUUACAAAGUACAAGAUGAGCCCAUAGACAAACCAGUGAUACAAAAUGAAGUGAAGAUACCACCAACCAAUGAUAAGCCGAACGAAGAGAAGAGUAAAAAGAAAGCAAAAGCUGAUGGCAUUAAGAAAUCACGAAAAAUUCGUCGAAAGUCAAAGCCUGAACCGAAAUUUGAAAGCCCUGCAACAACUGUAGAACCGAUAAGGGGCGACACAAACUCCAAAAAAGAGCAACCACAAACGGAUAUUACACCGAAACAGCCGUUCAGUGGUAACGAGCAAUGUUACAAUGAAGUGUUGAACAAAAACGAUUACAAAGAAGAUCUGAAGAAGUAUAAGAAAUUCCAGCAUAUUAAUUUAAAAUAUGCACCGGAGUAUAAUAACUCAGUUUCCAAGAAAAGUCAAUAUCCAAAUGACACUUUGAUAAUGGAUCAAACGCUUGAAGAAAUGCCUGUUGUGGUAAAUUUGCCCGAGUCCAAUAAAAUGAUCGAAUUGGAAACGAAUGAUGCACCGGUGGUGGUCAAAAUGCCACCGGUAAUAUAUCAUCGCGAACCGUUAAAUGUGACAGAUUCAGAUGCAGAAAACUAUGCAGACAAUACACAAACACAGUCCUCACAACAGCAGGACGAACCGACACUUGUGGGGGAGCAGACACAAAGCAUAAAUACACAAUGCACUCAACAUCCAUACUCGGCAAUGACAUACGAACAACAACAACACUACCAACAAUUCGAACCAUAUACACCAAACACAGAUUUCCCACAAACACAACAACACACACAAUACCCAUUGCAAAUGCAACAAGAUUCACAAUAUCCCACCACACAAUACCAACAAACAACACUAUAUGAUCAACAACAACAGCAACACCCACAACAACAACAAUACUCAUCACCAACAUCAUACUCAUCACCGAAUUAUUAUAAUCAGGGUGUUUAUCCACCCGAUAUGGGUUCGAUGCCCAUGCAACAACCGAACGGGCCGUUCGAGACCAACAUGGUGAAAUCCCGUUACAUGUAUAGUAAGCGCUCGGUACCUCCUUACGGUGAAUAUGGCAUGCAAGAGGCACAACCUACCUCCAGUUAUCAGGAAUAUAAUCGUGGUAGCCGUUCGAAUGGAGAGCUCUACCAGGAGGGCUUGUAAUGCCGUUAGCAUUAACUUACUAAGUUAUUUAUUUUAAUAAGAUUUUAAUUAUGUAAGACUGAGUUAAUAAGCAAAUAAAUGAAAUUAUUUAAUAAUA